AUGGCACAUGGAAUUCCCGAGAGACGGCUGGGCGAGCCCAGGCACCUGCGCAUCGUCACCGUCGGUGCAGGUGCUGCUGGAUUGAACCUCGCCUAUCAAUUGGAGCGACACAUGAAAGCCGUGGACCAUGUCAUUUAUGAGAAGAACCUGGAAGUUGGAGGCACGUGGUACGAGAAUAGGUACCCUGGGUGUGCCUGUGAUAUCCCCUCCCACAAUUAUCAAUUCACUUGGGAGCCAAAUCCGGACUGGAACAACUUCUACUCUACUGCUCCUGAAAUCUUGGAGUAUUUUAAAAGACUCGCCAAAAAGUAUGACCUGUAUCGCUUCAUCAAGCUGGGCCAUCAGGUGGUUGGCGCCGAGUGGAUUUCCUCAGAUGGUAUAUGGAAGAUUAAGAUCAAAGUCCUAGAGACGAAUGCCAUCAUCGAGGACUGGUGCCACUUCAUGAUCACGGCAUCUGGAAUCUUGAACAACUGGAAAUGGCCAGAUAUCCCAGGCUUACAUUUUUUCAAAGGCGAGCUUAUGCAUAGUGCCGCAUGGGAGUCUAGCACUACGUGGAAAGACAAGACCGUCGCGGUUCUCGGCUGUGGCUCCUCUGGUGUUCAACUCGUGCCAACCAUGCAACCCACUGUCAAAAAGCUCAUCCCGUUCAUUCGAACCCCGACCUGGAUCACGGCGGGAUUUGCCCAAAGCAAGGCUGGCCCAAAUGGCGCGAACUUUGCCUUUUCGCAGGAGAGGAAGGACGAGUUCAAAACAAACCCUGAUGCGUAUCUGCGGUACCGCAAAGAGAUUGAGCAUGAACUUAACAGCCGCUUCAAAUUCAUUAUUAAGGACAGCCCCGAGCAGGAAGAGGCAGUGAAAUUUGCGGAAAACGAGAUGCGAACAAAGCUCGGCGAAGACUCACCCCUUAUCAAACAUCUUCUACCUACAUUCGCCGUGGGGUGUCGAAGGCCCACCCCGGGUAACGGAUACCUAGAGGCCUUAACCAAGGACAACGUGCGAGUGGUCACGGAUACCAUCUCCGAGAUUGUCCCCGAAGGCAUCAAGCUGACUACUGGGGAGGUCAUCAAGGUGGAUAUUUUCGUCUGUGCCACUGGCUUUGACAUUUCAUUCUGCCCCCGUUACCCUAUAAGCGGAACCAAUGGUGUUCAACUUGGAGACCAGUGGAAGGAGAGGCCAAAGGGGUAUAUGUCUCUAGCAGUGGACAAUUUUCCCAACCACUUCAUGUUCCUGGGUCCCAAUGCCCCUAUCGGCCACGGCUCUGUGCUUCCAAUUCUUGAGCAAGCGACCAAGUACAUCAUGCAGAUGCUGUAUAAGUGUCAGACCGGAGGUGUCAAGUCAGUUGUUGUCAAGGGGGCUGCUGUAGAGGAUUUCACUGGUCACAUUGACGAGUUUAUGAAGCGUACAGCAUGGAGCUCACACUGUCGAUCCUGGUUCAAGAAUGGGACCAUUGAUGGGCCAAUUGUCGCCGUGCAUCCUGGUAGCAGGAUUCAUUGGUUCCAUAUGCUGGAGAACCCGCGUCAUGAGGACUUUGAAUGGGAGUCUUUGUCCCCGAAUCGAUUUGCUUAUCUUGGCAACGGGUUCUCGAUGAAGGAAGAGGAGGGCCGGGACACUGCGUUCUACUUUGAUGACCCAGCGGCAGGUUUUGAGCGGAUUAGGUAUUGA